AGAAUCUCGAGGUGCGUAGUGAGCGUGGUCCGGAACUAACGCGCGGCACGUGUAAAGUAAUGGGCGGCCAUCGUGUCGUGCGGCUUCUUACGGCGCAGGCCCAAGGACUGAGACCUCGCUGGUGCAGCAUGCAGACUGUAUAUUGCCGCUCUUCACAGCCUUUCACAACGUGCCUUCAAUGUCGUUAUGGAUCUUAAUAUUAAGUUCUCGCCAGGUUACUCCGAGGUACGUUCGAAACGUUCCUCAAGUAGCUGUGCACAUCGUUGUACCGUUAUUCCCUUCGCCUUGCGCAUAUUAGUUGACCCACCAACCUGCAGCAUUUCGGACCCCAACCUGACGUUCCACGCGCUGCAUCGUGCAUAAGUACUCAUUCAGCCCUGCAAACGCCAUGUCUUCUCCUCCAAGCCUCUCGCGACAUUCUUCACUCGCAGAGCGUAUCUCGUCCGUGCUACCGCCAAUCCGUUCGCGCCUUCCAAGCCUGCGCUCGCGCAAAUCGACCACUUCCAUCUCCUCGCGCGUCCAACCCAAUCAACGUUCGAACGCACGCCACCGCCCCUACUCUGUUUAUCAACAAACCAUGUCUCCAAUAAUUCUCCGUGAUCCUGACACACUGAACAAGCUGCUCGUGGCUGUGCUUGACAGCCCCGGUGGGCGGCGCUCACUUUCGCGCCUGGCGCGCACAUGCAAGGCUAUCAAGGAGCCUGCAUUGAACGUCUUGUGGCGUGACCUCGACUCGCUCACGCCGCUUCUUGGCCUUUUCCCUCACACGCUUCUCAAACGUGCUCGUCGACCGGGCCUUGGUCUGACGAAAAACCCGGAGCCAGAUGACUGGGCCAAGCUUUUAGCAUAUGGCGAACGCGUUCGCAGCAUCUCGUACGUAGAGCCUUCCGGGGCUAUCUCCCCGUCGAUCUUCCCUAUCUUGGACGAACUCCGUCCAAGGACAUGGAUACUUCCGAAUCUUACCUCAUUGACAUGGAAGUCUGAGACUUCCGCAGGCUUGGAGCGCUGCAGGCUCUUCUUGGGACCUGAGCUUCAGAAUUUGACGAUGGAAGUGGGUACGAAGCAUCCGAAGCUUCACGAUCUCUUAGUCGAGAUUGCGUCCCACACUGGUCUCACCUCCUUCGCAUUCACCCUGCAUACCAACCUACCGGACAACUUUACGGAUAUCUUCGAACACAACGUUGCACUCGAGAGAGUCUCCAUUGCUGCUCCUGGCGCCGUAUCUGCGCGCAUUGGGAGGUGGGCUGCAUCCCUACCGCGUUUGCGUAGCUUCCAUAUCGACCUCAACAAUCGCACCACAACCGCUGUUGAGGGGUUCUUCGACGAGAUCAGCGUCGACUCCGGCUUUUCGACGCCCACUUCAGUUGGAGGGACAGAUAGCGGUGUGGCCUCAAGCGACGAGCUGGAUUUCACCAAAAUCCGCAAAUCGGCAAUGCGCCUCACGCGCGAUGGUUCACUUCGCGGCGCGUUCGCACAACUAUCCCACCUGCAGCUGUCUGGUGAAGCCUCGAAUAUCUCGGCCUUUUUGAAGCAUCUUACGAGCCCGCUCGUCCACCUUGAACUUGCUAUAGACGACCCACCGGACUCGGAUGAUUGGCAGGACGUGUGUGCAUUGAUAUGUGAUCAAUUCUCGUUUACCCUACAGGCCCUCCGCGUUGGUCCAACCCCCGCGGCGCGGUUCUCAGAACUGGUGCGCUCAACCUCCAGAGGAGGGGAUGCACCUCUGUACCACUUGCCACUCGUCCAUCUGUCAUCGCUUCCUGUCUUACACCGUCUUGACAUUGAUUUGCCUGAGUCAGUUGUCUUCCUGGACGAGGAUGUGGCGCAUCUGUCCAGGAUGUGUCCCUCGUUGGAGACCCUACGGCUCUGUCCGCUCGCACGCUUCCCUCCAACCUUGGGUGCGCCUCCCCUGACACUGAGUGGCCUUGCGCCCCUGACUCGUAAUUGCCGCCGAUUACAUACUCUCGCGGUAGUCGUCAACGCACUUGACGGACUGGAAGAGAUUUACGAAUCACGGUCCUCAUCUUCACGGUCGCUCCUCCGGCUUCAGGUUGGCAACUCCUGGAUCAAGGAUCCUUUGCAGACAUCCAUCCUCUUGAGCCACCUUGCUCCACGUCUGGAUAGCUUAAAGUGGUUCCACGAAAAGAACCGCGCCGGCGUCGUCGAGGCGAAUGCGGUCGCAUGGCAGAAAGUAUCCGAAUUCCUGCCGCAUUUACAGAAAGUCCGUUUGAUGGAGAGGAAGCAACAGCCGCAGCCUCAAGUAUACGUACCUCCUGAAACGGCAGAGAAAGGAGUUGACGCGAUCGUCUCCACCAUGGAGCAGGGCAUGCUGGCGUGCCCUGAGGUCGUCGACGGCGAGGUACAAGCCACGGUCAAGAUGGUCGAUUGUUCGGUACAAAUCAGCCCACAAAGGACGUCAGUGUCCGUUGACGCCACCCCUGUGCUUGUCGAUACUGGAAUCCUUUUUGUCCCAACGCUCGUGGAACAAGCGGUGGAUGCAUGCCCUGCAACCGACGAAAUGUCAAACGAUUAUGACGACGAUGGCUCAUCAAUUGACGAAUAUGAGAUGACCUCCUCGAUGUUCUCAUAUCUCCAGCUGCCGGCGACAAGCUUGCGAUCGUUGAGUUACCGUGUCGCUCAAAUCUACAAAUUCCCUUUCAACUAUGUUUUCUCUCUCAUGCCUUCGGGGUCAUCACGAGAAGACUCUGAAAGCACGGUCGACUCAGACGUCGAGCACUUGUCAGGAGAGCCAUCGGACUCGGAGGAGACCGAGUUGGAAAAGAGGGCGAGCGGAACAUCGGAGGAUUUUUCGCAAUCUAUGGACGUCUUUCACGUCGGUCUAUGAUCCUUCAUCUUAUUAUUUGCUUUAUACUUACGUUCACGUAUCUUGCUCGGACUAUCGUAGGACACUGUUUAUGACUAUGCGUAUGCGGUUGAACAUGCUAUUUCUGCUGAC